AUGACUUCAAGUACUAGUAGUAUUAAUCCCUCUGAAGCUAGAGCGGAAGACAAGCAUGUUAUUCACCCACCUAGUUUUACGUCUGCUGCUAUCAAAAAGUACUUUUCCACUAGAUUCUCGUCGCUUUUUGUUAGCAGAGAUGAAUAUGCCCACUACACCAGACUGGAAAUUUUAAACCCAUUCAAACCUUUGGUUGAGAUGAACUUGCAUCAAUGGAAGUUUUUCCUUUUAGGGUUCUUGGCUUGGACUUGGGAUGCUUUGGAUUUCUUUACUGUUUCUUUAAACCUUCACAAUAUUGCUGAAAGUUUAGAUGUAACUGUUAAGGAUGUUUCUUGGGGUAUUACUUUGGUUUUAAUGUUGAGAACUGUUGGUGCUAUUAUCUUUGGUGCCCUUGGUGAUACCAGGGGUAGAAAAUUGCCUUAUAUGCUUAACUUGGCCUUGUUGGUUGUUAUUCAAAUUGGUACUGGGUUCGUCACUACAUAUCAACAAUUUUUGGGUGUCAGAGCCUUAUUUGGUGUUGCUAUGGGUGGUAUAUUUGGUGUCUGUGCUGCUGAAGCUCUUAGUGAUGCCCCAACUAAAGCAAGAGGUGUUCUUUCUGGUAUCUUCCAAGAAGGUUAUGCUUUCGGAUACUUAUUAGCUGUUGUCUUCCAAAGAGCUCUUGUUAACACCACUCCUCAUGGAUGGAGAUCACUUUUCUGGUUCAGUGCUGGUCCACCUGUUCUUUUAAUUAUUUGGAGAUACUUUACCCCAGAAACUGAUGCUUAUCAAAUUCAGCAAGCCAGAUUCAAAGAAGGUGCUAUGGAUAAAUCAUCCAAGGUUAAGGAAUUCAAAGCUGAAGCCAAGGGUGCUAUCAAACAAUACUGGUUAAUUAUCAUCUACUUGAUUCUUAUGAUGACUGGUUUCAACUUCUCUUCCCAUGGUUCACAAGAUUUAUAUCCAACCAUGUUGGUUAAGCAAUACGGUUACAGUCCUAAUCAAUCCACUGUUGUUAACGUCUGUGCUAACUUGGGUGCUCUUACAGGUGGUAUCAUCAUUGGUCACUUGUCAACCUUUAUUGGUAGAAGAACUGCUAUCUUGUGUGGUAAUGUGAUUACUUGUGCUUUUAUUUAUCCAUGGGCAUUCAAACCAAUGUGGGUCACUGCUUUCUUUAUGCAAUUUGGUGUCCAAGGUUCUUGGUCGAUUGUUCCUAUUCAUCUUUCUGAAUUAACUCCACCACAAUUCCGUGCUUUUGCUUCCGGUGUUUCUUACCAAAUUGGUAACUUGAUUUCUUCUGCCAGUGCUACUAUCGAAGCUACUCUUGGUGAACGUUUCCCUAUUGAUGGUGAAAAUGAAAUCUACGACUAUGGUAAGACUAUGGCUAUCUUUAUGGCUGCUGUUAUGAUUUAUUUGAUGACUGUUAUCUUCCUUGGUCCAGAAAAUAGAGGCGCUGAUUUGGCUGGUGAAAGAAAGCCUGAAUAUGUUGAAGAAUCCGAUGACAGUGAAGAAAAGGCUGAUAUCAAGGAAGUUGACAGCAAGGACAGUAAAGAACCUGGUAUUAAGACUAAAGUUCAGGAAGUCUAAGUCUUCAGUAUUGAAGCUAGUAUAUUUAUUGUUUUGUU